UGAAUUUAUAUCUCCAUGCAGUUGCAGAGCACAGAAAGCCGAUAUUUUUCUCCGGGCUCAAUUCAUCCGAGGUAUACACAACAACAACAUCUUCAGUCAGGUACGUGCAAAUUCGAUGAAAUUUUUUCAAAAGCUUUAGCGCUUGAACCUGCUAAAAUGGACGCCAGGGAGUUAGCGCACGAUACAAAAAAUGUAUCGAAUUCAACAGAUAUCAACAAAAUCACUUUCAAAAAGAAGUCUAAGCAUUUAAAGUCACAAUCAAAAUCGCGUUCUUCUCAAAUAUCUUUUAAAAUUAAUUAUGCAGAAUUGGGCAUAGCUGGCUUAUGUCUGCGGCGUGGUACCACUUUGCAAAAGAAUGCCGUACAAACAAAGCGAAAUUACAGUGCAAGGCCUGUCAUAAAAAUGGGCAUGUAGCAAAAUUUGCAUACCCACUCUAUUGGCGAAUAGGCCUGUUGCCGGUCACUACGAAGACAAAUCAAAUUCAAAGUGAAGAUUCACAGUACGGAAUCUAUAAAGUUGUGGACGCCUUCUGCAACGAUUAUACAAAGGCGAGUUCAGAGCGCUACUAUGCCAAAAUUGUAGUUGAGGGUAAGCCAAUUAAAUUCGAAGUAGACUCUGGAUCCGGUUAUUCGUUUUUAACCAGAAGUCAAUUCAAUGAAUUAAAAUUAUCGCAAAAACUAAUUCCAAUAAACAUCGUUUUUCGCUCUUACACGCAAGAUACGUUUGUUCCAGAUGGUAAAAUACGAGUUCACGUACAAUUUAACGAAAUGGCAAUUACUGAUGAUUUAUACGUCGUCCCAGAUACGUGUUCAGCAAUUUUAGGUAGAACUUGGAUAAGACGCCUAAAAAUUGAUCUCAACGAACUCGAUGAAACAAAUUGUAACAUAAUAACAACCACAUUUGACACCAAAGCUGCAA